AUAAAUAAUUUUUUUUUAUAAGUGAUUAAUUCUCUAAAUAAUUUUAAUGAUGUAGCUAAUCUAAAUCUAUGUUCAAACUAGCUUAAUUAAGUUUAUUCAAAAAGUUAAAUUGAUGGAAUAUAAUGAGAUGUAUGAUUUAUCAGAAGGUGAUGGUACAGAAGAUGAAAUGAUUGAUAUUCCAAUGGAGGUUAUAGAUUCUAAUACAGCAUCAUCUGCUUUUAAAGACUCUUUUGAGGAAGAAUUUCAAUAUGAAGUUUUAAGUCCAGAUAAAGUAGUUAAACAUAUGAUUGAGAUUAUUAAAGAAGUCAACAUUAUAUUUCAACUUCCUACUACUGCAACGCGUUUAUUACUGCAUCAUUUCAAAUGGGAUAAAGAAAAACUUUUAGAGAGAUAUUAUGAUGGUAAUCCUGAUAAACUUUUUGCUGAGGCUCACCUUUCAAACCCUUUAAAUAAGAAUAAAUCUCAAAAAUCAAAUAUUAUUGAUUAUCAUUCAAAUAAUUACCAUAAUAAUAUUUAUGAACCCCAAACUGCAUUAUGUGAAAUAUGCCUUUUACAAAUUCCAAUUAAACAAAUGACGGGCCUCGACUGUGGACACAAAUUUUGCAUUUCCUGUUGGUCCGAAUAUUUGUCCACGAAAAUCAUACACGAAGGAAUGGGACUGACGAUAUCAUGCGCCGCCCAUAAAUGCGAUACCCUAGUGGAUGAUGCCACUGUCAUGAGUCUAGUUAAAACCCCACAAGUCCGCUACAAAUACCAGCAUAUCAUUACCAAUAGUUUUGUAGAGUGUAAUAGAUUGAUGAGAUGGUGCCCAUCGCCAGAUUGUCAAUUUGCUAUGAAGGUCCAAUAUGUCGACACUAGGCCCGUUAAGUGCAUUUGCGGACACGUGUUUUGUUUUAAUUGCUGUGAAAAUUGGCAUGACCCCGUCAAGUGCAAUUGGCUUAGGAGAUGGAUUAAGAAAUGCGACGAUGACAGUGAAACCUCUAAUUGGAUUGCUGCUAAUACCAAGGAAUGCCCAAAAUGCAACGUGACUAUAGAGAAGGAUGGCGGUUGCAAUCACAUGGUGUGCAAAAACAAGAGCUGCAAGGCCGAUUUUUGCUGGGUUUGCCUCGGUCCCUGGGAACCCCACGGCUCUUCUUGGUACGCUUGUAAUCGCUAUGAUGAAGACGAUGCCCGCCGGGCCAGGGAUUCCCAAGAAAAGUCUAGGGCCGCUCUCCAACGAUACCUCUUUUAUUGCAAUCGAUAUAUGAAUCACAUGCAGAGCUUGAAAUUCGAACACAAGCUCUACUGCGCCAUCCAAAGCAAGAUGGAAGAGAUGCAACAAACGCUCAAUAUGAGCUGGAUAGAGGUACAAUUCCUCAAAAAGGCUGUCGACGUCCUUUGCCAAUGCCGUCAAACACUCAUGUACACUUACGUGUUUGCUUACUACUUAAAGCGCAAUAAUCAAUCCCUUAUUUUUGAGGAAAAUCAAAAGGAUUUGGAAAGUGCAACUGAAAAACUCUCUGAAUACCUCGAAAGAAACAUUACGCAAGAAGAUCAAGCCGAAAUCAAACAAAAAGUUCAGGAUAAAUACAGGUAUUGCGAAGGCAGAAGAAAAGUUUUACUUCAACACGUGCAUGAAGGUUAUGAAAAAGAUUUGUGGGAUUACAACGAAUAAAUGCCUUUUUAAACGCUUGACAUUCGCAAAUUGUAAUUAACAUUAACAAACAACCCCUUAUUGCCCAUGUGUUUAUUUGAAUAUAGAUUUCAAUUUUUUAAAAAAAAUAUAAUGAAAUAUACUAUAUAAAUUUAAUGUUUUUCGCGAUUUUGUAUGAUAUUGGUUUUUAUGAUAUUAUUAUGUAACAAAAAUGUUUAAAAAAAAAUUAUUUAUUAUUAUCAUCUAUUAGGCUCGAUUUAUAAUUUAAAUAAAUAUAUAUAUCUAAGUCUUUUUAAAAUACAAGGAGAAUAAAUUCUGUAAUCUUCUCCCCUCUUAAAUCUAUUUAAUUCUAAAAAACUUGAAUUUUAUUUCAUUAGUAUUUUAUUUACCAUAUCUCGUUCUUUAUACUACACAAUAAAAGUAUUAAUAAA